CGCUGAUGCGGCUCGGUAAGUUGAUGCGAGAAAUCCGGGCCUGUUCUCCCACAGACGAAGCCAAGGCACGACAGCUACACGACUCACUCAAACGCUUUUCCUGGGCGCUCCCGGAGGAGUUCAAGAUAAAAGAAGCCAUCAACACUACGUGGGUUCUUGAUCCGGAAUACAUUGCGGAAAAGUCCGACAGGAGGUUGGCGAUGCAGACAGCCGUCCUUGCAUUACUGCGGUGUUCCCUUCAAAUCUCACUGCACGCUCCAUUUCUCCCCCGUCCUGACCCUUCCGAUUUCGAACACACCUGGCAUGAGAAGGAGUAUCUCACCGCGAUUUACGAUACGGUGGAGUUGAUACGGGCCUUGGUCCCGAAAUUUGGAGCUCACGCACAGGUAUCGUGGACGGUGUCGUAUUACACCUUCAAUGCUGCGCUCGCAGUCUUGACAUUCGCCGCAGCCAGGGAUGAUGAGUUAGGGUUCAUGAGCACCAAGAGCGCCAAGUUGAACUGGAUUGUCGACUUCCUCGAGAGUAUACGGGGGACGAGCCCGGUUGCGGAGAAGGGAGUUGAUGUUGUGAGAGAGAGGUGGAAGGCGUUGGUGCAAAAGCACGGACGUUCGUGAUCAAGAUGAAUACUCUGGAAAAGUGCUUUCACAAUCUUGAGCGCAAAAGGAGAGUCGUCUAUCAGUCGACCACAUCGACAAAAUGGGUCUGGGUUGAGCAAACAACAUGAUUUAGAAAACGCCCAAGUCCCGAACCGAAUAAAGCGCGAGUACGCUAUGAUAGCAAUAUAGAAACUCCAGAAUACCUGACCCUU